AUGCCUGCAUAUAACUCGACAUUUUUUUCCGAAGAAGCUGAAUCAGGUAGAAUAGUUGGAAAUUUUGCUAUAUUGCCAAUUCGUACUAAAUUUAGAGGUCCAUCGUAUCCAACCAAUUCGGACUAUGACAUUAUUGAUGAAGUUCUAGAUUUAUUUCGUCCAAAUUCCUUUUUUAGAAAUUUUGAAAUCAAGAGCAAUUCAGAUAGAACAUUAAUUUACGGGAUUUUAUAUGUAUCGUCGUGUCUCAAUAAAUUAAAUAAAAGGAUCACUAGAGGUGAAGCUGUUAGAAUUUUAAACAAUUUUGCUUUAGAGGAUUUCAGUGUGCCCGGAGAUCCAAACUUCCCAUUAAACGCUGUUUUCAAUGGUCCUCAAAAUAGAAAUGAUUAUGAUUUAUUGCGAGGUUAUAUUCAACAAUUCAGACAGGAAUUGGGCGAUAGAUUGAUUACUAUUCUUUAUAAAAAUGAUGCCCCUCAACCUGAUAAGUUCUGGCUAGCAUUUUCCAAAAGAAGAUUUAUGAACAAGUCGUUAUAG